GGGCCCUUCUCUGCAAGGAAGGAAGACACUGAGGUGCAGGAGCGUGUCCAGAGAAGGGCAGUGAAGCUGGUGAAGGCUGUGGAGCACAAGUCUUCUGGGAAGCGGCUGAGGGAACUGGGCUGUUCAGUCUGGAGGAGGCUCAGGGGAGACCGUAUUGCUUUUCUACAACCACCUGAAGGGAGGUUGUAGCAAGGAGGGGGUUGGCCUCUCCUCCCAGGUGACAGCAACAGGACAAGAAGGAACGGCCUUAAGUUGCACCGAAGGGAGGUGCAGGUUGGGUCUGGGGGAUUUUUUUCUUGGAAAGAAUGGCCAAGCACUGGAACAGUCUGGGCUGGGCGGGGAAGUGGUGGAGUCGCCGUCUCUGGAGGUGUUCAAGAAAUGUGUAGACGUGUCACUUGGGGACACUGGGUGGUGAUGGGGUGACAGCUGGACGGUUGGAUGCAGGGCGACAGAAGAUAUGCAGGCGGAAUCCUUGGGAAACGUAGAGAUCAAAUGGAAGAGAUGAGGUUCUUGGGAAGACAAAUCAGUGGGCUGUGGACCUCAACUGCCUCCGCCUCAGAGCGGCCCUGGUAACAUGACGGCAGCCAGCAAGAUGGCGGCCAGGCGUGUGCAGGCAUGGGGUGGGCAGGAGGAGGCAGAGUGCCCGUGCUCAGGCUCCGCCCCACAGCGUGUCACGGUUCCGAGGGCGGGAGGGCAGCAUUGUGACGGCAGCAUGCUCACGCUGUGAGUUCAGAGGGGUGGUCCCACCUCUGCCAUUGCGGUGGUGACCGGCGUUUAGCGAUGGCUGAGAGCAGCUCUCUCUUUGUCCCUGUAACUCUUGUCCCUCUCCAUGGCCUCAAGGUCCUGGUGGCCGGAGUCUCCCUGCUCACCGUGAUCCGACACCUACGGGCCGGCAGACGACGCUUGCGGUGGAGGAGAUGGUGGCAGCAAGCAGUGGCACCGGAGCCAGGUGCCGAGAGACAGGCGGCCGGGCACUGGAGCCCCUGCAGUGAGGCCGACGAGGAGCUCCAGCAGCUGCUGCUGUCGGGGCUGCCUGGGCACAGGCCUGUGCUGGGCCCUGACUUCAUGCAGGCGGCCUGGAGGAGCCUGGAGGAGCUGGUGGAGCGGAACAGCCUGUCAUGCCACUGCUGCAGCUCCCCUGAGGUCCAGAGCUGUCCCGGAAACGGCAAAGUUGACGCCUCGAACGUGCCCCGCAGAUCUGCGUGGAGAGCUGAAACCCACAAAGCCCUCAAAAUGCACGUGGCCCGGAAAAGCCUGGAAGUGCAACUGGGGGCCCUGCCCGAACGGCUCUUGCUCUCCCAGCAGCAGGCAAGGGGAAGACAAUGCCGCCGCAUCCUGCCCAAGCUCAUCAAGCCAGGGCAGACCCAGCCUCUGCUGCGGCAACGCCUGUCCCCCUUCCUGCAGGCCAAGGGCGACUGCAUUGCAGGCAACAUUCUCCACAAGCAAGAGCUAAGAGAGUGGAAUGAACCCAACCCUACAGAGAAGUCCGUGAACCUGCUGGUGCCGUGCCCCCCCCCUCUUCUGCUUCCCCGGAACGUGGGUCUAACCGGGAAGGUCGUCCAGAGGAAAGCUCAUUUCCAGGGCCAGGCUGAGGCACAGGGGCAUCCCACAAAGAGGCAGCAGUGCCGCCCCAAGGAGUCGGCAAAGAUUCCUUUGCCUCCGAGCCACGCAGCAGCCAAGGAGCAAGAGCGUCCCACGGCUAGCGCAGCGCCUCCUGGCCCGGCCAGCACAUCGCUGCUAAAGGACGCCAGCUGUCAAACGGACUCUGCAGGCCCGCGUGUGGGUGACAUCAAAGCCAGGAGCCAGCGCCGCAGCGCAGCGCUUGCUAUCAUCUCCAAGCUGCAGCUCAGUCAGGCGGCUUUUGGGAAGCUCUCCAUGCACACGGCCAGAAAAUGCCUGGAGGUAAAGCUUCAACGCUUCCCUGCGGUGGUGCGGAGGUCCAUGCAGCAGCAGCGUGGGGCGCCCCUUGCCUGCCCAGCUGGCACCAGAGCACCGAGAUCCCAGACGGUUCGUAGAUACUUCCACAGCCGUCAGGCUCUGUUCCUGAAUGAGGAGCAGCGCGAGUGCCUGGAGCUGCACAUCCGCUCCAUGAAGCUGGAGCGCCUUGGGAACCGCCUCAUCUCAGGCAGUCCAUUGAAGCCAGCAGUGUCCCAGGAGGAAGAAUCUGCCAGCACGUAUGUGACCGCACCAUCCGAGGCAUCUUGGGCUGAGGCAAGCCCCAAAGGCCACAAGCGGCAGCCCCGGAAGGGGAAGAAGUGCCCUAGCAGAGGCAAGAGCACGCGGAGUGCCAAAGUGGCAGGCAGCAGCUUUCCAUCUGCCAGGGUAACAUUCUGUGGGGUGCAAGAGACCACCACCAGCUACCGCACCUCACUGUUAUACAGAGACCCUGACAGUGGACAGUUGUACCCACUGACCGUGGCCGCACCAACUAACAAGAAGGUUUUGAGGAAGAUACGCGUGAUACCCCAAACACCGCGGAUCUCUCCCUCUAAGCCCAUCCAUGUGUUCAUCAGGGAGAGGAAAGGCCAGGCUCGGUAGCGCCGUCUGUCCAAAACAAUCUUUUUUUUUUUCUUUUUUUUUUCUUUUUCCUAAAUAAAUAAGUGUAUCUA